AUGGCUGACGUUCCAGCUAGCCGCGACGGACUAUACACUAUCAAACCCGUCACGGGCAAAGGAUUAGGCUUCAUCGCCACUUCUAAGAUCUCUAAGGGUACACGCAUACUGCUGGAGGUGCCACUCUUCAAAACGCCAGGUUCCACCAAAGACAUCGGUUCCGCAGAGAUCAUCGUCUUACGAGAAGUUAAGAGCCUCACGAAAGACCAGCAGCGAGCCUUCUUCGCGUUGCAGAAUGUCCAAGGACGUAAGUGCACCCCCGUGCUAGGCAUCGUUAUAACGAAUAUGUUGCCGCUCGGCGGCAGCAACAGCGGCGGGCUGUUCCUCGAAGCGGCACGCAUCAACCACUCGUGCCAACCCAACGCGCAGCACACAUGGAACAACGAUCUCGGCCAUCUGACCGUACACGCCCUGCGCGACAUCGAGGCUGACCGUGAGAUCACCAUCUCGUACAUGAGCGGCGUCUCGCCGGGCUACGUGGAGCGCCAGCGCUACCUGAUGAAUGCGUUCUCCUUUGCCUGUGCGUGCGAGCUCUGCUCCCUGCCGCUGCUUGCACGCGCCGGUAGUGAUUAUAACCUAGACCAAAUCCGGUCUAUCGAUGAGGAUGAAGGUGCUGCCACCGACUUGGACCAGGUCCUCGAGCGCCCUGCCAAGUCUUUCAGCCAGGUGCAUCGGUUAUUCGAGUUGCUAGAAGAGGAGGGCAUCUGUGACAUAAGGUUUGCGCGGGCGUGCUUCAAUGCCUUCCAGAUCGCAGCCGUGGUCGGGGACAAGGCCCGAGCCAAGGUCUUUGCGGAGAGAGCGUACGCCGCUCGUAAGGUGCUUGCGGGUGAUGACAACCCAACAACGAUCGAGUUCAAGCAUCUCGCUAAGCAACCUGUGGACUACCACCUGUAUGGUAAGAGGAUGGAAUGCUAUGACGAUAGCUGGGAGGCUCCUCGGGGGAUAUGCGGAGAGGAACUUGAGAACUGGCUCUGGAAUACAGAUGGGUGGUCGAGAUACAGUUUCUCUUGA